AUGGCCGUCAAGGGCUAUCAAAGGGUAUCGUACGAUCUCCUACGAGGCGGCCUUCUGGCUGGAUUUCCCCCUUGGGAUUUAGAGGCGAAGACUCUUGCGUCAUUGUAUCUGUGGUACGAGAUGUUGCUUGCACGGGGCUUUAGACCAGCGCCCCAAGAAGUUGCUAAUGAAAAAACCCGGCUCCAACAAUUCCUAGAGGCGGAAUGGGAGCAAAGCCUAGAACAUUUUAGUUUUGGUACGGUGACAAUUGAAGCCAUUCGGCCUAUAUUCGCAGAAUGGCUUUGGAGGCAGCAGGGCAGUUUAACCUUUAGAACGACACAGAUACUUUCGGGUAAGGAUGCUUCGGGAAGUACCUGUGUAGAAUCCUACACAGGUACUUCCCGAAGGUACUUCGGUGCCGGCUGUCGACGAAUCCGUCGACAGCCGGCACCAGGGUAUCAUCAUUGUGAGUGCGAAGAAGACUCAGCUCUGCACACUUUGGCCGUUUGUCGUGCAUGGGAUUCAUUGCGCCAAAAUUUACUCACGACUGUGGGCGGCAACUUGUCGCUUACGACAGUUGUGGCAGCCAUGGUCGAGAAUGAAGAUGGUUGGAACUCCGUUGCCACUUUUUGUGAACAAGUCACGUCCGCCAAAGAGGCGGCGGUGAGAGAAAGUGAGCGUUCAAUAGGACUUCCCUUUCGCAGCAGACGUCGGAGAGACGACCUCCGACCUCCCUAA